UUUUGGUGCAUACGUAAAACCCAGUCUGGUGCCUUUUUUAGCGCUCUCGUGGCUCUCUCAUGGGGGUCAAAGAGGGGAGGUAGCGCCUAGUAAGCCUGGCCUGAGAGAAAGUGGAACUAAAGGGGAAAGAGAUUUUCCAGGAGGGCAGGCCUAGGCGCAUGCUUGCGCCCCAACGGAAAUCACCAACAAGUGACUGAAUCUGCGGGCGCUUUUAGGUACCCACUGGUGGUUGCCUUCAGAAGAGCUAAAAGCCAUCUCUCCAGUUCUGUGCGAACGUGUGGCGGGGAAAGGAGAAUCUCUUGAAUUCUUAAACACUCUUCAUCAGUUAACAUUGAAAUUGUAUUCGCUGUUCGGAAAACGGUCUCGUGAGUCACGCAGAAAAUUUCAGUGAUUCGUAUCACGCAAAGAGUAUUCCGUCGGAAGCCUUAGAAGUUUAAACCCCAAAAAGAAAAAAAAAUUGCAAAGAAUCCCAUUCCCGGUGAUCAGUGUUGAAGUCACAGAGACACAAAUUUUAAUUUUAUUCUCAAUAGAGAAAAGUGAUUAAAGAGUAAUCUCAAUUGUUCAUCCCAGAUAUUUUAUUCUUCGCAAAGAAAUAAAAAAAGAAGGAUUUUCCGUUUUCUCCGAUUUAUCAACAAAUACGAGACUUUUUCGCUUAUUAAAUUUAUUGAUUCGACACUGAGGAAGAGGACAAAAAAGAAGACAUGAUCUCCCUUGAGUGAGACAUCCAAGUGAAAGAUAAAUUUCCGAGGAUAACACAGCAAAAGGAGAGACCCUUUUUCCAACAUUAGCACUAAGAGAAGAAAAACGAGCUCUAUUACGUAGCACGAAGUGGAGUAAAAUUACAAAAUGGAUCCAUACAGAAUGCGUCGUUCAUCAUUCACCCCACAGUUCAGCUCGUCCAACCAGGAGCCCCUGAUCGUGGUGGAGGAAUCUGGGGCGGGUGAGGAAGAUGAACCACCAAGCAAUCGGUCAUCACCACGCAACAGCCUCGACAUCGAUUCCCCCGUAAACCCCUACUUGCUGUCCCCAUGGCGGGAUCCACGGGAAACACGCAAGCACUCCCUGCCCACGCCCCAGUGUACCACAGGCAUCACGGCCAGCCAGGUGAGACGACUUUCGGAGCGCGGUGGUGAGGGCUCAGGCCCAAGUCCGCGUGAGGCUGCCUUCCUAGCCACACUGUCACAGGCGCCAGCACCCACUCCAGGCGGCCGUCGACACUCCGUCGUCACCAUCUCCAAAGUGCCACCCGCAUUCUUCGGUCGCAACCGGCGGGAGUCCAUCGCGGCCUUCCCCACCGGAAGCAACAGAGCGCUAAGUGGAGCCAGUGGCCCCAGACGAGAGAGUAUCGCAGGUCCCCCAUCGACGGACCAUCGAGGAAGCAUCCACAAUCUACAGCUGGAUAUCAUGGACGAUAUCGUGCAGGCACGAAAGGCGCGCAUGAGGCUGUGGAACACAAGCAGUGAGAAGGUUUGCGAAGUACAGACACUGGAUGAAGGUGAAACCACCUCCCCAAUGCGUUACACUAAUCGACGCUAUUCGGACUUUGUGGGUACACAGCUGCCACCCAUUCAGUCCCACCGACGAGCCUCUGAGAUGCCCAGCAUCGUAUCACCAGCACUAUCUCCUGCAGCUUCCUUAGGCAGAAAGAUCAAGGCGGGUAUUGUGUGCACAAACACCGAUCUGGUCACCCUCCUGUCUUCACUGACAUCUUCAGCCAUGGAGAUCAACAAGUGUGAAGAUACUCCUACAACGCCCGCUGUGCCACACGCCCCCAAAAAGUCCUCCACAUCACCGGAGCACCGACGCUCCUCCAUGAAGUCUAGUCGUUCCAACAGUUUCGACGUCUCGGUCCUCAACAACUGCAAGCAAUUUAUCGCGAGUGCGGAUGAGAAGAGUAGCAUCCUGACGGGAUGGUUUGCGAAGCGUCAUCAACCCAUGGCCACUAAAAAAGCCACCAAAUCCACCACACCCAGUGUCUCCUUCUCCAGGGAUGUCCUGGAGCGCUUUCGGGAUCGCGAUACCAAGGAUACGCGCAAAGCGAAAGAGCCAAAGGAAACGGGAAAACUCAAGUGGGACGGUAAGAGUUCCUUUGUGGACGCUCACAUGAUUGGUAGUGCCAUUGAGGGCUUUCUGCGCCGUGGCUCAGGUUCCAGUUCCAGCUCCAGCAAAGGUGCCAUUCCCAAGGAAUCUUCCCGCACUAAAAAACCCACAGGUUCCAAAUCACCAUCUCUCUGGUUCAGCAAGCCCGAAGAAGAUGAGUCUAAGGACUCAUGUGAUUCCUCCCUCUGUUCUACGCUCAAGGAUCUCUUUGUCAAAUAACUAGACUUGAGCUUUUAGUUUCAUUCUUGAAUCUCUCAAUUUUAACACCCCAAAAACCUUUGGUGUUUGUUCAUCUCAAACAUAGUGCUGCGGAUGGUUCUGUACUGCUGAUAUUUUAUGUAAAUAAAAGUGGCUUAGGGGUUGCUUCUAUCAUAAACUAAUUGUGCACAUUUUGGAGAAUAUUGCGAAUAUUUACUCAAAUUUUGCAGGGCAACUAACUGAGUUAUUAAUAUUGGACUGCAAAUAUAGUUCUAAAAGUAUUAAAAGUAUGUGGGCACAAAUUUGUGGUUGAUAGAAUAUAUUGGAAGCUCGUUUUAUUUUAUUUGAUGAAAAUGCUUAUUAAAAUACCCAUCAAAGGGCAAAUGGGCAAUAAAAUUGACCAUUUCACAGAAACCAUAUUCCUCAGAAGCAACAGUGUUUAUUGAGGGUCUCAUUUAAUAUAAUUAAGGACGUAUUCAACGUAUUUAAGUUCACCUUAUAAAAUAAAAUGUGACUUUUAGAGGAAGGUGGGGCAGACUGGGCAAAGGCAAAAAAACUUCAAAAUCGUAAAUUUACGAGAUAAAAUAGAUUCUUUAAAUUUUUAUCAUAAUCUAGAUAAAGUUUUAAGGGAUUUUGAGCGUUUUGUUUUUUAAAUCGUUUUUUUUUACAGGGGAUAUCAAUUUUCACCAACUUAAUUUUCCAAAAUUUAUGCUUUAAAUUAGUGUUUCCGGUAUAAUUUAUAUCCAAAAAAAAAUUUAUAUGAAAAACAUUAGAUAGAUGGAAGAAGUGAUAGAAGACAUCUGCUCGGUAGACUUGCCUCCAGUUCACCUUUUCGUUUAAACCAGUGAACUUUGGAAAAUGGCUUGAAAUACAAAUUUUAUGAUAAAAUAGAGAAAAGUCAUCUGCGGCAAAUUUAUAAGCAGCAAAUUUCUAAUGCGAAUCAAAACGUCAUAAAUUACUCCAUGCCUGCAAAUAUUUACUUUAGAGUUUAUGAAAACUUCUACUAAAUCAACUUUUAUGAAAUGACACGAAAAGUACAUUUUUCUUCAAGAUAAAAAGUUAUUCUAAAUAAAUUGAAAUUGAAUAAAUUAACCCAUUCCGUCAAUGUACUAGAAAAGCUGGAGAAAGAAUGUUUAUGUUUUAGAAUUCGUUCAUUAUGGCUCCGGCACACCUUUUAGAUCAGGAAAAUUUCAUGAAGUUGAAAUUCGGAUCCCUUUCUUUCUCUCAUAUUUUGCAUAUGUUUAUCUCAUUCUCUCGCACUCUUCUUCUUCUCUUAAACAUCACCCCAAAUUCAAUUUAGCUCAAUCGAAUUUAGUAUGCGAAAGAAUGAAAUAGUCAUAUGCAAAAUAUGUGAGAAAGAAAGGGUUUUGAAUUUCGAUUUCAUGAAAUUUUCAUGAUCUAAAAGGUGUGCCCGAGCCAUUACAAUUUAAUUGAUGUUUGUGGAAGAAAAAAAUUUAUUAAGGGGUCUCAGGGAGCCCCUACCGAACACACAUUUUAUCGGUCACUACAUUUAAAUUCUUUAGAGUAAAUUAUUUCUAAUUCAGUCCAUUUAUGUAGCGUAACUAUCUAAGAUGACAGUUUAUCAGCAGGGAUUCAAUUCAAGAAAGAUUAAUAAGAAAAUUAUUAUCAAAAUCGACGCGUUAUCAAAUUUUUCGAAUAUCACUUCAUGCCAAAUUUGAUGACUUUCCGUGAAACGAAAAACAGAACUACAAAACGUAUAUCUACUUUUGUCAGGCUAUUUUUUCAAGGUAAUUAAAGCACUAAAGUAAUUGAAAAUCAUUUUCCCGACAGCAAAAGCAAAUCAGAUAUCAAUUGUGCAGAUAUAAAUUAUUCAAAAUUCCUUAAUUUGCGUAUGAUGAGUUGUGCUAUAAUUGGAAAUUCAGUUAAAAUGGUUUUUGAAAAUUCGUAUAGCGAUAAAGGAUAAUGGGCAAAAAGGUCCAACCUUUCACCACGAAUAAAACCCAUGCCAUCGAAUAGGUAUUGGCAAAGGUACACUGAGAAAAAAAGGGUACGAUUAACUUUUUUUCUUCAUAACUUUAACACUUUUUAGGUGUAAAAAUACAUCAACAUUUUUUAAUGUUAAUUUUACACCUUUAUAAGGGUAAAAUUAACAUGAGAAAGGGUAACUUUAACCCAUAAUACACCUAAAAAGCAUAAUAUUCACAUCGAUUUCGGAUCAAUACUGCAGGGUAAAAUAAACAUUUCCGGAAUGUUAUUUUGACUUUUUCGGAUUUCUCUCAGUGUAACAACUUUUGUUUCGGGACCAACCUAAGAAGUAUGUAGGAAAAGCACUGGACCAUAAAACAAAUUCUUAAGAAAUGUGGCGAUUUUUUUUUACGAAAUUCCAUUUAUACAAUAACGGUUUAUCUUAUGUUGGUCGUUUCAGAGAACAAUUUAUGUAGGAGGGCUCAAGGAAGAAUUUUCUGUAACAAACCAUAUCUUUACUUGUUUAUUUUCACUGCAAUUUUCCAGGUUUACCUAAUAAAUCCUUAAAUAUUCUUCAAAUUCAUAAAAAUGAUUGUAUGUAGGGAAAUGUCUCCUAAGCAGAAAUAUUCCUAUUGAAAAAAAGGGUUAAAGCUUCUGAAGAUCGCAACAAAGCCCUAAAAAUUGCCGUUAUCCAAAACUUUGAAUAAUAAGUUCAGAGUAAAAAUGUUUUAUAAUAAAGUCAUUAUACUCUGAACCUUUUCUUAAAAUUCCGUUGGUAACGGUACUUUUCAACUCUGUGAUCAUUAUCAACUGCUCCUGUUUUAAGGAGAAUAUUUUUAUAAAGGAGACAAAAGGACGCAAAGGAAUUAAAGAACAUUCCAGGAUAUUUGAGGAAAAUCUGGAUUAUUAUAAAGAAAAUUAAUAGAGCGUCAUGGUUUCUUCUAGGAAAAUGUUCCUUGAGUUAAUAAAAUUUAACUCAUCGGACCCAUAUUUUAAAAAACUACGGGAAAGUGUUCUGUUUUUAAAAUAUAUUGCGGAGUUGCAUGUAUUCAGAAACAUAGGAAAAAUUUAGUCAUUAUAAAGCUUGGCACCGUGCAAAGUAUUGGAACUUUCCCUUACUUUGACCCCAACAACUUACAGUAUACCAUUAUCGAGAAAAAACAAGUUUCAUAAAAAUAAUUCUACCCAUUUCUUGAGAAUUCUUACUUUAAGAUAUAUCAAAAACUUGACACAAUGGACUAUAAAUUUCUUCGGGAGAUAUGUUGAAGACACACCAAGGACUUCGAAAAUACCGGUGGUUUCACAUUAUCCGAUUUAUUUUUCAUUUUGUUUACCUGUAAUGCUCGAUGGCUUUAAGACAGGGCAAGUUUGUAUGGGAGCUACCAAAUGGAUAAGUCAGAAGGAAAAUCUAAAAAAUACAUUUAAAGCUUAAGUCAUGCAUAGACUUUGACCCGAAUUUCAUUAAGAUCGGUUCAGCCAUUUUUGAAAAAUAAAGUGUCAUAGUUGUGAAUUUUCAGAAGGAUAUUAUUAAUAUCCUUUUAAUCACAUACCAUAGCUACGAAAUGGUCCUAGUCUCAUCUCUGACGAAGGGUUGGACCAGCUCAUACAUUUCUGCCCAUUGUCCUUUCCUAUGAAACUGUACUAAAUAGAAAAUUUCAUAUUUUCCAAAAACUUGUAAAAAGAAAAAUAAAAUAGUAGGUGAGAUUGUUAAAAAUCUCACCUAAUAUCCAUUUAGCCACAAUAUUCCCCACAUGUCCCUAUUGAUGAAACGUGAAACAGGGAUGAAACAUAUUAUAUUGCAAUUUAAUAUUUUAUCGAAAGUAUUUAAAAAUAAAGCUCUUACAUGCGUUUUUUUUAUAAUUUUGAAAAAUAUUGCUAAAAGUAUUAAAUGGAAAUCGUCACAUAAUACAGGAUAUUUCGCAAGAAUUUAUUAUUAACAAUUAGUUAGUUAAAUUAGUUGAAUUGCAAAUCCAUUUUCAAUAAAAGAUAAAGGCUAAAAUAGAAUUAUUUUUCUAUAAAUAAAUUUAAAAAAAAAACUCACAUGUUGAAUACGCCUAUAAAUCUUUUAAGCCCAUUCGUUUUGUUAAAUCCAUUUCUAGUGAAUGCAUUAGUGGAUACUGAAUUAUUCGCAGCACUGUAAUUUUUAUAUGUAUACUUUUGUGCCAAGUUUACCCCAAAAAGAUAUAAAUUUUUAUUGUAAUUCUAUUGAAAACGAGAUAACAGAAGAGAUUUUUAAUAUAAUUGUGUGUGUGUGUUGUUCAAGUGCAAAUUCAAAAAUAUGUUUAAAAAAAGGUAUAUAAAUAAAUAAAACAAGAAUCUGAAACAAAUUAAAUAUUGUAAUAAUUUUCACCAAAAAAAUGAUCACAAAUUCUUCCUUCCGAAAAUAUUAAAAUCCAAAAGGACAACUCAGCAUUGUAAGACAAAGGCAUAACAGAAAAAAAUGUAAGAAAAUUGUAAAUUUUUGUGAACAUUUCAAAUUGCGUAAAAGUUCUAAAUUAGUUUGUAGGUUUUCACAAAUUUUUCCACCGUUGCCACACUAUCACACAAAGAAUGCACUUUAUUUGAGAAGAUGAAUCUUUUCACAAUAUUUCCCCAACACUCAAUGUCUGACAUCAAGGAAAAAUCUUCAAAAAACACACACACAGAAGAAAAGUUUAAAUGGGAAUUUUAGAAUUUGAGAAGGAUUGUGUAGAAAAAUUCCCGCCAAAAAAUGCGAGACUAUCAAUACAGAAAAAAAUCAUUUUGAAAAUCAAGAAUUUUUGCUUGAAUUAAAGUGAAACUAAACCCAUCGUUGAAGACUAUUCAAAACUUAUUUAAUUAUUUUUAUAAAGAAGAAAUAUUCAUGAUUUUUGAGAGUUUUAUUCAAUUAAAAAAGUAAAUGUUAACACUAUUCAAAGAAGCAGAAAAUAAUAAAAAUGAAAUUUUCUGAAAGUUGAUAAAUGUCUAAUCAUAUUUUCAUAGAGAGAAGUAAUGAGCCAAAUAAUAUUUCUCAUCAGUAAUAUUGUGAUUAGAGAUAAAAAAAAAUCUAUCCAUUUUUCCCCAAACAAACAAAAAAAUAAAUAAUAUUUCAAGGUAGAAAAAAUGCUUUAAAGUGAUGUACUUUUUUUUGUUGAAAAAUUGACGAUAUAAAAUCAAAUUAAUACGGAAUACCCGGAAUACUAAAAAGAAAAAGAAGCAAAAGAUUUUAUUAUAACUGAGAUUAUUAAAUUUCUUUGUCUAAUUCACAAUUUUUAUUUUGCUAAGAUAUAAAUUAAAAAAAAAAAUUAUUUACCGUGUAAACAGACGGAAUUUCCACGGGAAUUCCCACGAGCAAAUGGUAAAUUUGCUAUACAAGCGCCCUCUGCAAAAGUGCACGAAACUGCACGAAUGUCUUGAAAUAUUUUGAAUUUCAAAUGGAAAUUUUCCGUUGGAGGUUGAAAUAUUCAAUUUUCUAAAAUGGCAAAAAGCUAUCUCGCUCGAGAUAGCUUUUUGCUUCCGGAGAAUUCCGAAAAUUUAAUUUGGAGUGUUUUUAAGCAAAUAA